AUGAAAACAAGUAUAUUCUUUUGCAAUCUCGGCAUUUUCUUCUUGUUGAUUGAAAAUGUCUUUGGAGCGGCGGGAGGAGGAUAUCAUGAACCCAGCAUCGAGACAAUUGAAAAAUGCCACAAUCAAGAGAAAGAGAAAUGCACAUGCCACAAGAAGGAUCCAUUCUGUAACCGAAGUUUCGCAAUGAGUCACUGGAACAGUAUCUUCAAAUGCAUUUCGGCAGUUCAGAAAACGAUGAAAAACGUUGAUGUGGAGAAGAAAAAAGAUGAAAAAGAGGAGGAGAAAGAAGAAGAGGAAGAAGAAUGA